AUGCAAGAAUUCUUUUGUUGUUGUCUUCUUCCAAUGCGGUCAGUUCCUACAACAUCAUCAAUAGCACCAGUCCGAAGACAAACAAAAGUUCUUUUCAACGUUCCUUUCAGACGACGGGUGAGGUUUAUUUUAUUUAGUUUUUGUUACAAGCUUGCAAACACCUUAAGUGAUGAAUAUUUGUUUGCGCUUCGUUUUGUGGGGCAUCCCGAAGCAUCUUCAAAUCAACGAAGGGCGUAUGUUUGUGCAUUUCAUUUUUCUUAA